AACAAAAUUGUAAGUGUCAUGCCUCAAAACGGCACCUAUAUAUAAAUCCAUCUUCAUGCAAAAUGUGUACUCACAAAAAAUUCUGUCUCUACAAUUCAGCUCUUGUCGUUCCAUAUUUAACAUCAUAUUUGAUGGAGAAAAAGGCAAGGAUUGCCAUGGUUGCAUGCCCUGGAGUGAGCCAUUUGAUCCCACUUGUUGAGUUUGCCAAGAGACUAGUUUUACAAUACCAUGAAUUCCAUGUCACACUCUUCAUUCCCACACUUGGAUCUCCCUCGCCUUCCAUGAAAGCCAUUCUAGAGGCUCUACCACCAAACAUAGACUUCACUAUUCUUCCUCAAGUGAACAUGGAAGACCUUCCUCAUAAUCUUCACCCUUCAGCACAUAUCAGACUCACAGUGAAACACUCUCUUCCAUUUCUUCAUGAAGCACUAAGCUCAUUAAAUUCCCACACUCACCUAGUUGCUUUAGUUUUAGACCUAUUCUCAUGUGAUGCAAUUGAUGUAGCUAAGAAACUCAACCUCUUGUCUUAUGUUUUCUUUGCUUCAGGAGCCACAACACUCUCAUUCUGUCUUUCUUUUCCUAAGCUUGAAGAGAGUAUUGUUUCCUCUGAGUUCUUGGACUUAACAAAAACUGUGAAUGUUCCAGGUUGUGUUAUACCCUUCAAGGUCAAAGAUCUUCCAGAGCCAGUUCUUUAUGAAAGAUCAAAUGAAACCUACAAAUUAUUUGUUAGUUUGUGUGAGAGAUUAUGGUUGGUUGAUGGUAUCAUGGUGAAUAGCUUCACAGAUUUGGAAGCAGAGGUUAUAAGAGCUAUGCAAGAGAAAGAAUCCAAUAGAGAUGGUCCUUGUGUUUAUCCUGUUGGACCCAUCAUUCAAAAUGAGUCAAGUAAUAAGGUAAAUGAGUCAGUGUGUUUAAGAUGGUUGGAGAAUCAACCACCAAAUUCUGUUUUGUAUGUGUGUUUUGGGAGUGGUGGAACACUCCCUCAUGACCAAUUCAAUGAGAUAGCCUAUGGAUUAGAACUUAGUGGUCACAAUUUUUUGUGGGUUGUGAGAGCUCCAAACAAAUCAGCUAGUUCUGCUUAUCUUGUUGGACAAAAGGAGGACCCACUUUAUUAUUUACCACAAGGUUUUUUGGACAGAACCAAAGGACAAGGCUUGGUGGUUCCAUCAUGGGCACCGCAGAUUGAAGUCCUUGGUCAUGGUUCCACAGGUGGCUUCUUGAGUCAUUGUGGUUGGAACUCAACUCUUGAGAGUGUGGUUCAUAGGGUGCCCAUGAUUGCUUGGCCACUGUUUGCUGAGCAAAGAAUGAAUGCUGUAUUGCUCACAGAUGUGCUCAAAGUGGCUGUGAGGCCAAAGGUUGUUGAAAAUGGGAUUGUAAAAAGAGAGGAAAUUGCCAAUGUUAUUAAGAGAGUCAUGGAAGGACAUGAAAGCUUGGAAAUGCACAAAAGAAUCAAAGAAUUGAGUGAUGGUGCUGCUGCUGCGCUUAGUGAGCACGGUUCCUCUUAUUGUACACUUUCUAGUCUAGCACAGAAAUGGCUAAACAUCUAAGUUAACAUGGUUCAUUUUUCUUAUAGUAUUUUUAUCAGAUACAUGUAUCACUUCAAAUACUGAACUGUAUAUUAAUUUUUAAGUUAUAAAUAUUU